GCCAAAUAUACUCGAUAAUCUGAAAAUUGAACGAAAUAAUGAACAUUUUUUGUUUAUGAAACGUGAAAAUAAAUCAAAUAUCAUAAAUGAAUCAGGGCUUCAAAAUAAGGCGAGUCAAUAUAUUAUAUAAAUGAAAUCAUUAAUUUUCAACCUAAUAUGUGAACAAUUUUUCAGCAAUAAAUAUUGCACUUCCAUAUGUCACACGUAUACUGAGCAUAUUUACAUUUGUUGGGAACGUCGCCGUCGUUAGUUUGUAUUUUGAAACAGAAUUUUCAUUUUUUUCACUUUUCCUAGCGUUUAUGGAAUUGAAGCAAGAUACUAAGUCUUGAGAUCAGUUUAUCAAUGCAUAUAAUAAAAAAUCAAGACGGAAUCAAUAAAUCAGUAAUUUUAUAGUGAUAAUUCAUCAACCCAUAUUUAUGUGAAAUUCGUGAAAUAUAAAUGUGAUGAAAAUGAUACUACCUUGGAUUUUUUCAAGUCUGUUUUUGUUGGCUCACUCGAACUAUGCCUUCAGUAUUGACUCUAUUCAGCAGUGGAAUGAAAGUCAGGUUGUCUGUGGAUACUCGGUCAAGAAUAUAAAACCAGAUGAAUGGGCAAAAAUACUGGAAGAAAAUUUUUCAACGGGAACAUUGAACGAAACAAGUACGAACGAAGAUUCCAUGAACCAAAAUGAAAAAAUCGUUGUUUCCUACGAAGAUUUUUUAUGUUGCCUCAAAAAUGUGUGGAUAAGUGUGAAGAACAACAUUCAAAAACAAAAAUGUCUCAAGUUUUUCAUGAAAUGCAUCAAGUACACUCAGCAGCAGAGGUGUUCAGUACCUUGGACCUACUACGUUAAUCUGGCUGUACAUGAUUUGAGGGUUGCGACGAUGCUAGUAGUUACCAGUGCUGUUUUCUUCGUGACCUCUGUGAUUUUGGUUGAAAAAUGUAAGGAAGAUGGAUAUGAUUCUUUCAUAGACGUUUCUUGAUGUCAUUAAGUCUACUAUACUAACCAUGAAUACUUAAGUGUACAGUACUGUGUUUUUCUAUAAAUUUUCUAUUUUUUGUGACGUGAAGGAGGUAUUUUAUUGAGUGUAAUGAAUAAAAGACGAUAAAAAAUGUAAAAGAAUA